AACCGUACCAGAAGGAUCGAUGGUUAGGCUUGAGCCAGAUUCUGACACUAGUGGAAAACUGAGCAUCCUAGGGCCACUAACGAGGCUAUGGCUCGGCUUUGUUGGAUUAGUGAACGCAACGAGAUCGACGAUGUUGAGAUUAGGAAAGAUGGUGUGGAAAUUGGGAGCUGACGACCCGAGAAAAGUUUUUCACGGUUUGAAAGUAGGGAUUGCGUUAGCACUUGUGUCGGUAUUUUACUAUGCACGGCCUCUGUAUGAUGGUGUUGGAGGUGCAGCUAUGUGGGCGGUUAUGACCGUUGUGGUCGUUUUUGAGUUCACAGUUGGAGGAAGCUUGUACAAAGGAGUCAACAGAGCCAUAGCAACAUUUACUGCGGGGGCGCUUGCCAUUGGUGUCCACUGGAUUGCAAGCAAAUCCGGAGAAACCAUGGAGCCUAUCGUUCGCAGUACCUCGGUUUUCAUGCUAGCUUCAGCAGCGACAUUUUCCAGGUUCAUCCCGACCAUCAAAAUAUGGUUCGACUACGGAAUCACCAUAUUCAUCCUCACCUUCAGUCUUGUAGCGGUAUCGGGUUACCGGGUCGAUGAGCUCUUAGAACUGGCCGAGGAAAGACUAUCCACUAUUGCGAUCGGGGUCUCCAUUUGCUUCCUUGUGUCGAUUUUCGUGUUCCCGGUUUGGGCAGGAAACGAUCUUCAUGCUCUGAUUACCCGCAACAUGGACAAGCUUGCCGACUCUUUGGAGGGCUGCGUGGAUGCCUACUUCAUGAAUGAUGAAACCAACGGAAAGAAGGAAUCUUCAUCUAAGAAAUCACAAGCCUACAAAUGUGUUCUCAACUCAAAGGCAUCUGAAGAUUCUCUGGCGAAUUUAUCAAAAUGGGAGCCUGCUCAUGGCCGCUUCAGCUUCCGGCAUCCGUGGAGCAAAUAUCAAAGGAUAGGUGCCGCAAUGCGCUAUUGUGCUUAUUGCAUUGAAUCUCUUAACGGAUGCAUCAACUCAGAAAUUCAGGCUCCAGACUACAUGAAGAACCAUCUAGCCUUCAUAUGCAUCAAACUAGCGUCAAACUGCUCCAAAAUCCUCAAAGAAUCAUCGAACUCCAUCAAAUCCAUGCAGCAGUCAGCCACCAUCGACUUCUUCAUCUCAGAGCUCCACACUUCAGUUGAAGAACUUCACACUCUCUUAUCUCAACUUCACACUGACAACAGUCCAUUAAUAGAAUCCCUCCCUCUCAUCACCGUCGCCUCUCUACUGAUCGAGAUAGCAAAAAGAGUUGAAGACAUUGUUGAUGAAGUUGAUGAGUUGGCGAACGCAGCCAAUUUUAAGGAUGUUGAUGAUGAGAAGCCAGAUAAGAAGAAUGGUGUGGGUAAUGGAGAAUAAAGUCGUUCAAAGAAGUGAAAGAGAUAGAGUGUAUCGAUUCUCGAUCUGUACUCUUUGGAUGAAGGAAGUUUGUUGAAGUCAUGUUUGUACCGUGUGCGCAUUCUUAAGUAAGAUAAAGUAUGUCAAAAAGAUUUAACUUUGUAUGUGAAGAGAGAGAGAGUUCAGCGACUCACAAAACAUCAAGUGUGUCACACACUAGUGAAGUUAAAGCGUACGCUUGAAUUAGCUACA